UUUGUUUUUCUUUUUGUUGGAAUUACUACUUCUGGUUAUGUUGGAAGCAUAAUAUAACAAAUUGAAGUGAGGACCUUUCCCCCCAUAUGAGAUGCUGGCUCAUUCUUCUGUGUCUGUUCCUCCUUUCAGUCCUUCCUUUCUCUGUCUUCUGUCAUCUGAAAAUCACAUUUACUCUUUUGUGUGAAAUACUGUCAUUUUGAUCUCAAGCUUUCAUAGCUUUCUGACUUAGCAUCUUUAGGUUUCUUUUGAUUCUUCCUAUUUUCACUUUUCCAAAUGAAAGCAACUCUUACUUUGUUGGUUGGUUUUUUUUUUUUUCUGGAUAUUUAAAUGGAAUUGCUAUUUUGCUGGGAUUCCUCUACAGCGUUCAAUGUAAAAAAAAAAAAAGUUGUCUGUGGCUUCUCUCUGUGUUUUGAAAGUCUAAUUUGACAUUAGUAACUUGCUGUUACUUGAUUUUUAAAAUGUUUAUUAGCAUCUUGCUCAACUUGUGAUUUCAGUAGUGUUAGUCAUCAGUUAGAAUUCUCAGGACAGGCAAACAGGUGUAUCUGGUAGGAUGAGAAGGAGUGGAAAAGCUUGCUCCUAAAUAUAGCAGGGAAAACUGUGGUAAUAUCUGUGUAAUGAUCCAUACGGCAGUUCACAAACAUUUUGAUGCUUUUUUGUCCCCGGGUAAAAAACAACAAAACUCCCGAAUCGAACUGUGUCACCAAAGCUUAAUUAGCCUGAGGUAUGGGAGUCUUUGUAGUUGCUGGUCGCGCUAACUGUAUCAGCUUGUAGACAUGGUUGUGGCCAGCUCAGCGAGUCUCUGGCCGGGGAGAUUAUAUAGUGCAGCUGCUUAUGAUAGCAGGUUUCCAGGCUCAGCCCCAUGGAUCCCUUCUGCGCGGAGAGGUAUGGGCUGUCAGAGGCCUGUCUGCAACUCCUCUGCUUCCAGCGUUUUGCUCCUUGGGCUGAAUCUUCCCACAGCGGCUCUCUGUGUCAAGGGAAACUCUGGAGGAAGCAAAAAGAAGAGGAUGUUGGCUCAGGAAUGGAUCAAUUGUGUGUCUGUGCAUAAAGCUACUUGGAAGGGGGACAGAAAAAGGAGUUUGAUUUGCACUUAGCAGCCCCUCUUUACUAUGAGACGCAAGUAUUAUAGCAGUAGUUUGUCUGGUGUGUGCAAAGUGUGGCUUCUGAAACCUCUGAUAAUGCAUUUGAAUUUGACCAUGACCUGGUAUUGAAGUGUGUUCAGUCUUAAGUCUGGUUAUUGCGCAUGUGAGUUUAGUACCUCUUACAUUCUUUAAAUAGUUGAUCUGUAUCAAGUAUGCUUCAUCCCAGGGCUUAGCCGUAAUUGCUUGUCUGCAGUUGCUUCUUACUGGUACUGGGUACAGGUACCGGAAUGAGAGCAAGACGACGCUCUUGCAGGCAAGUUUAUUUGCUUGUUUUAAUGUUUUCUGUGCUUGGUUCUAGGAAAUUAGGAGGAGAGUGGGGAAAUGCUUGGUGUGUGGAAAAGAGGAGACAGAAAAAGUGGACGCAGUGCAGCUUCAUGUUGAACAUGAGCCUUGUUAUGAUCAGUGAGAAUGUAAAGCUGGCCCGUGAAUAUGCCUUACUGGGAAAUUAUGACUCUGCGAUGGUCUACUACCAGGGAGUUCUUGACCAAAUGAAUAAGUACCUCUACUCUGUCAGAGAUGCGUAUCUGCAACAGAAAUGGCAACAGGUUUGGCAAGAGAUAAGUGUGGAAGCUAAGCAUGUGAAAGAUAUAAUGAAAACUCUAGAGAGUUUUAAACUAGACAGUACUCCAUUGAAAGCAUCACAACAAGAAUUACCAGCUCAUGAUGCAGAAGUCUGGUCUUUGCCAGUACCUGCUGAACGUAGAUCUUCGCCAGGACCCAGAAAGCGUCAGUCUGCUCAGUGCAGUGAUUGCAGAGGUCACAAUAAUCGUUUGAGUGCAGCUGUCAGAGGCCCUCACCGUCCGUCCUCUCGAAAUCCCAAUGAUAAAGGGAAGGCAGUCCGCAGCCGGGAAAAAAAGGAUCCGCAAUAUAAAGGAAAAGAAGAAAAGAACAAAUCCACAUCUGAGAUUUCAGAGUCUGAACCAAAGAAGUUUGAUAGUACCGGAUAUGAUAAAGAUUUAGUAGAAGCCUUGGAAAGAGAUAUAAUUUCUCAGAAUCCCAACAUUCGAUGGGACGACAUUGCUGAUUUAGUAGAAGCCAAAAAGCUGCUUAAGGAAGCUGUAGUUUUACCAAUGUGGAUGCCGGAGUUUUUUAAAGGAAUUAGGAGACCAUGGAAGGGUGUGCUGAUGGUUGGUCCUCCUGGUACUGGAAAGACUCUCCUGGCCAAAGCUGUAGCUACUGAAUGCAAGACUACUUUUUUCAAUGUUUCUUCUUCCACGCUUACCUCAAAAUACAGAGGAGAAUCUGAGAAACUUGUUCGUCUACUGUUUGAAAUGGCUCGAUUUUAUGCCCCGACAACUAUAUUUAUUGAUGAAAUAGACUCUAUCUGCAGUCGCAGGGGAACUUCAGAGGAGCAUGAAGCUAGCCGACGUGUGAAGGCAGAGCUGCUAGUUCAAAUGGAUGGUGUUGGAGGUGCUGCUGAAAAUGAUGAUCCUUCCAAGAUGGUCAUGGUACUUGCUGCUACUAAUUUUCCUUGGGAUAUUGAUGAAGCCCUAAGACGGAGACUAGAAAAGAGAAUUUACAUUCCUUUACCAUCAGCAAAAGGUAGAGAGGAACUCCUAAGAAUAAAUCUGCGAGAGCUGGAACUGGCUGAUGAUGUUGACCUUGCAAAUAUUGCUGAGAAAAUGGAGGGUUACUCAGGUGCAGACAUUACCAACGUAUGCAGAGAUGCAUCGUUGAUGGCUAUGAGAAGGCGUAUUGAAGGCUUGACACCAGAAGAAAUAAGAAAUCUCUCCCGAGAUGAAAUGCAUAUGCCAACAACUAUGGAAGACUUUGAAAUAGCUUUGAAGAAAGUUUCUAAAUCUGUAUCUGCUGCGGACAUUGAGAAAUAUGAGAAAUGGAUAGCUGAGUUUGGAUCGUGCUGAGUUGUCUUAUCUUGAAGAAGCCACCUUACGUCUUAAAACAGCUUUAGAAGUAAUAAGUAGCGUGCCAGUGCACUGCGGGCUCUUUUUAACUUUUGUAAUUUAAGAGCAACGGAUGUCUAAAUAAAUUUUUUUUUAAAAUGCAAAUUCUGCCGAGCUCUCUUUGAACUAGCUCAGAAGUUACCCAUUUUUCUCAAAUGCAAAAGAUAUUGAUGGGAUCUGCUUUGAUCUUCAAGAUAUUAAAAUUACUUGAGUUUAAUAUUGAAACUCUUUCAUCGGAGGCUUUACCCUUGAAAAAUAGCUGUUGCACUCAAGAAAACCAAACUAGCCCUGUUUAAAUGAGCAACGGGUGCUGAGAACUAGAAAAUGGGAUGAACAAGAUACUGUUGUGUAGAUGGAUUUGCUACCUCAUCUUGCCUACCCUGAAACUGCUUCUGCGAUAUUAAUAAAGAACCUAUUGAGAUUUAGAACAGCAGCCCCUGUGCUACUGAUGGUCGAUAGAUUCGACUGAAGUUUAAGCAAGAGGUAGGAUCAUCACAGGUUUGCAGUAUCUAUUAAGUAAUUGUAAAUACAUUCAGCCAGUGCAAACUAAUUCCAUGCAGCCAGCAGUGAUGCAGUC